AUGGACCUCUCGAAGCUAACCAAGAAGACAAUUAACGUCUCCCGAGGCUUCACAUACACAUAUUACACCUCGCCAGCCAAAGGAUCUAGGCCGACUCUCAUCCUCUUUCACGGAUGGCCCGACACUGCACGCCUCUGGGCCGGCCUCAUCAACGACCAUCUUCUUCCCCAUGGUUAUGGCGUCAUUGCCGUGGAUAUCCUCGGAUUUGGCGAGUCUUCCAAGCCAACCGAUGAAGAAGCAUACGCGUUUGACGGCCUCACAGGUGACAUUGUCGCCAUCCUCGAUGCUGAAAGCAUCAAUAAGGUGAUCUCGCUCGGCCAUGAUUGGGGCUCCCUUACUGCCCAGCGUCUAUACAACUUCUACCCAGCCCGCGUCUGUGGCGUUGUCAUGCUUAACGUGACCUACCUCCCCCCAUCGGGUGACUUCGACUUCAACAAGGCCAGCGAAUCGACCAAAAAGAUGUUAGGCCGCAGCCUAUUCGAAUACUGUUACUUCUUCAUCGCCCAAGAUGCCGUCGAUAUCAUGAACAGAAACCUUGAGUCUGUCUACGCUGUCGCUUUUGGCGAGCCCGAGACCUGGAUCGAGACCUUUUGCACACCCGACGGGAUGCGGCGCUUCAUCACCGAAGGCCGCACGCAGCCCACACUACCAUUCGCGACGCCCGAUCAUAAAGCGGACUUUAUGGAGCGCUUCAGCAGAGACGGGGACGGAGGGUUCGCGGCGCCGUGUUGCAUGUACAAGGCUAUGGCCGCCGGCAUCCAGAACGAGGCGGACAUGAAAGUUGCCGAGGAGGUGAAGACAGUGAGUGUGCCUGUACUGUACUGGGGCGGCACACGGGACUUUGUAUGCAUACCGGAGGGGUUGCAACAGAGCAUCGAUGAUGGCCUGCUACCCGACGUGAAGAGCGUCCUCCGUGACGGGGGGCAUUGGGCUUGCCUUGAGAAACCCGAUGAAUUCGGACGGGACGUGGUUGGGUGGUUGCAAGAGCGGUUUGCGUAG